ACUGUAACUCCACAUCCAUGUAUUCCAACAUAGACAACUGCACAGACAACAUGACGUGUGUGAAGGAGGAGAUCUUUGGGCCUGUAAUGUCAGUGAUGCCCUUUGACACAGAAGAGGAAGUGCUGAAGAGGGCCAACAACACUACAUUCGGCCUGGCCUCUGGAGUCUUUACCAGGGAUAUAUCCCGGGCCCACCGGGUGGCUGAGAACCUGCAGGCUGGAACCUGCUUCAUCAACAACUACAACAUCAGCCCUGUGGAGGUGCCCUUCGGAGGAUACAAGCAGUCUGGUUUUGGCAGGGAGAACGGCCAGGUGACCAUCGAGUACUACUCCCAGCUGAAGACUGUGGUUGUGGAGAUGGGAGACGUGGACGAUUACUUUAAUUGUUAACUUACCAAUUAAGUGCCAAGGAAAACCAAGACCUAUACGCUACUGUCCUUAAGAUGUUUGGUGUAUUUGUGCAUCUGAGGAAAGUAUCAUUGUUAUUGAUAGUUUAUAA